UUGAGUAAAAUAUACACGUCUUUGAAUUGUAACCACCAUUUGCAGUCUCGAGCUUUAUCUGAAUUAAUUCUCUCUAGUCAAUCAAUUCCAAUUCAUCAUCGAUUUGAAGGCAGAGUUGCAGACCAAAUUUAAUGUUAACUAUGAGCCUUGUUUCGCCGGGGAGUCAUCGGUUUGAUCCAGGGCCGUGUUUUAGGUCCAAUGCGGUAAGGACAAGAGCAGCAAGAGUGAAAGCGGCUUUGGUGGAAGCGACACCGAGGAUAACCGUGCCAGCAAAAAGAGAUAUUACGAAGUUAUUGGCUGCUGGAGGAGGAGGAGACCGAACAGAGGACCUGCAGGCAGAGGCAAGAGCUAUGACCCGUGCUGCCAAUUUCACCACUUAUAGCUCUGAGCUUCUCGCCGCCAAAUACGGCUCUAGGCCAAUCAAGGUAGUGCAACGGACUUUGGAAAUACUGAUAGCCCUAGGUUCAUUUGCUUUGAAACUAUAUCUGGACCAGAGGAAAGGCGUUUUUGAUGGUAAUAAGAGAAUGCGAGCAAUUGAGCUGAGGAAAAUUUUCACCCGGUUAGGACCUACUUUUGUUAAAUUGGGACAGGGCUUGUCUACCAGGCCUGACCUCUGCCCUCCUGAGUUUCUCGAUGAACUCUCUGAGCUUCAGGAUGCAUUGCCUACAUUUCCCGACGCUGAAGCAUUUUCGUGCAUUGAGAAAGAGUUAGGGCUUCCUCUCGACUCUAUUUAUUCAUCAAUAUCCCCAUCUCCUAUUGCAGCUGCCAGUUUAGGCCAAGUCUAUAAAGCUCAGCUAAAGUCUUCUGGACAUAUUGUUGCCGUCAAGGUUCAACGCCCUGGGAUUGAAGAGGCUAUCGGACUUGACUUUUACUUGAUUCGAGGUCUGGGAAUCUUCAUCAAUAAAUAUGUUGAUAUAAUCACUAGUGAUGUUGUUGCCCUUAUUGAUGAAUUUGCUCGCAGAGUUUACCAAGAGCUCAACUAUGUCCAGGAGGGACAAAACGCUAGGAGGUUUAAGAAGUUGUAUGCCGACAAGGAAGAGAUCCUUGUUCCAGAUAUCUUUUGGGAUUAUACAAGUGGAAAAGUUUUGACCAUGGAAUGGGUUGAGGGAGUCAAAUUAAAUGAGCAGAUUGCUAUUGAGAGACAGGGUCUGAAGGUUCUGGAUCUUGUAAACACAGGUAUACAAUGCAGUCUCAGGCAGCUGCUUGAAUAUGGAUAUUUUCACGCAGAUCCUCAUCCUGGCAAUCUUCUAGCAACACCUGAUGGAAAACUUGCUUUUCUUGAUUUCGGAAUGAUGAGUGAGACACCAGAAGAAGCUAGAUCUGCCAUAAUUGGCCAUGUUGUUCACAUGGUUAAUAGGGAUUAUGAAGCUAUGGCUCGUGAUUAUUAUGCUCUAGAUUUCUUGUCACCUGAUGUAGACGUGUCUCCCAUUGUACCAGCGCUACAGAAUUUCUUCGACGAUGCACUCAGUUACACCGUGAGUGAACUAAACUUCAAAACUCUAGUGGAUGGUCUGGGUGCCGUCUUUUACCAAUAUCCAUUUAACGUUCCGGCGUAUUAUGCAUUGAUAUUAAGAUCGCUUACGGUACUUGAAGGUCUAGCCCUUUACGCUGAUCCAAAUUUCAAGGUGCUGGCUGCUUCAUAUCCCUAUUUUGCCAAAAGGCUUCUCACUGAUCCAAAUCCAUAUUUAAGAGACGCCCUUAUUGAGUUGCUUUUUAAGGAUGGAAGAUUCAGAUGGAAUAGACUUGAAAACCUACUUGAAGAAGGAAGUAAAGAUAGAGAUUUCUCUGCAAAGGAUGCUCUACAACCUGUUUUAAAGCUAUUAUUGGCUCCGGAUGGCGAAGUGCUCCGGGUUUUGGUGAUUAAGGAGGCUGUUCGUGUGACAGAAGCUGUUGUUCUGGGCACCGUUAUCGAUACAUACAAUUCUAUCCCAGUUCCUAUGAGGAAUCUAAUCUCAAAUGGCAAUCUAGCUAAACCGCUUAUGGCGAAUGAUAUGGAAAUUCAAAGCUUGAUAGAGCUUCGGGACCAAAUUUAUAGGAUAUGGGGCCAAUUAAGUUUGUCUAGAGAUUUUGAUCCGAUGCUUCUGCAACCUAUCGUACAGGUCCUACAACAACCUGAGGCACGCAGCCUAGGGGGGCGUGUUAUUGGUGGGAUAACUCAACGUCUCGCUGCUCGAUUAUUGCAACAACUUCUACGACCUCCUUCCUCGACACUUUCAACUUCUUCAACUUCAUAGAGAUUGCAAUAACUUUUGAUAAUGGUAGAUGCUCCUUUAUACCAUUCUCAACAUCACAGAAACGUUUGGCAAAAAAAAAAACAUCACAGAAACGUUUCCGGAACGGAAAACGAAACUUAGCCAACAUUUUCGUGUAUCAUAGUAUACUUGGAAAGGGAAAAGAGAAAAAAUAAGGGAAAAUUUGGUCACCAAAUUGCAAUUACGAUUCAUUGCCUCCUUUGUUAAUAAAAUACAUUUCGUGGAGGAAAUUUGGUCGCAUUACUUCUCAACAUCAUAGAAACCACUUUGUUGUAAAUUUUGAUUAUAUAAAUAACAUGAAUUGAUGAAUUUGGUCGCA